AUGUUCUCCAAGCUCAGCGUCCUCGGCCUCGUGGCCGCCAUCCCCCUCUCUCUCGCCGCAGCCCUCCCGUCGAACCUUACCUACAGGGCCACCGAGUUCUUGCCCAAGAACGCAACUGGGGAUUUCAGCGUCCAGGCCGCUCCGCAGUACUACUCGGGCCCGUGGCAGAACUUCCCGGCCAUGAACACCUGGGUGUCUACCUUUGAUGCGCUGUUCGAGGCCAACAAGAACUCCAUCCGGUCUACCGGCAGCACCGCCGACGAUGUCGGCAGGAUCAACGUUGCCAUUCGAGAGGCGGCCAAGAUCGGCGUGGACGAGCGCGUCAUCCUCAGCAUCAUCAUGCAGGAGAGCCACGGCUAUGUUGGCGUUAGGACUACUCUGAGCCCUGAGGGCAUUCCUACUGCUGGACUUAUGCAGUGCUCUGGCUGCGCCGGCUUCCCUGGACGCACGGGUCUAAGCCAGGAUGAAAUUACUUCCAUGGUCGUCGGGGGCACCCAGCACUACAAAGCAAACCUCCAGAACUGGGGUGACAAGCUGAGCCCCGAGUCCAUCUACCCUGCGCUCCGCGAGUACAACUCUGGCAGUGUCAACCCCAAUGAUCUCAGCGACGGCAGGGGGGCUACCGCCGCGUAUGUCAGCGACAUUUCUCAGCGUCUCCAGGGCUGGGUCGACUAA